AUGCCGCCGCCCCGCCGCGCCGGCGCGGGCGACACGAGCGCCUUCUUCGCGGCGACGCUGGUGCUGUGGGCCGUGUCGGUGGGGUUCGAGAUCGGCGCGCGGGGACGCCGCGAGCUGGCCGCCGUGGCCGCCGGCUUCGCCUUCUUCCAGGCCGCCAACACGGCCGUCCGCGCCGCGGUCUCCCGCGACCCGCUCUUCGUCAACACCGCCGUCUCGCUGCUCCACUCCUCCCUCACCUCCGCCUCAGUUAUCUUUGUUCUAUUGUGCCAAUGGCGUACCAAGGGCCUUGAGAACAUGUUUCAGCAUGAAGAAUUAGUUGGUAGCAGUUGGAUUGGAGCAUAUUCUGCUCUGUGCUUUUCAUGUGGCUACUUUGCUUAUGACCAAUUGGAUAUGCUCCGCUACCGGCUGUACAGUGGAUGGAUUCCUGGGAUCCUGAUGCAUCACCUUAUUCUGCUUAUUUGCUUUACGCUAGCUCUGUAUCGGAAUGUGACAAUCAACUACCUAAUUCUCACUCUUCUAUGCGAGGUACAUACAUAUUUCUUGCACGUAAGGAAACUGAGGAGAAUGGCUGGAUUCCGCGAUUUCAACAGAAAACUGGUGAAACUGGAAUGGGUACUCAACUGGACUACCUUUGUGACAGCAAGGGUGAUCUGCCACAUAUUGAUCACAUACAGACUGAUCACCGACGCACACAAGUUUGAUAAAGGCAUUGAGCUGCCACUAGCUCUUUCUGGUAUGGCGGGAAUGAAUUUGCUCAAUGUAUCUUUAGGGCUUGAUCUAUUUAAAGUGUUCGCGCGAGAGAGAAAUCAGCAGACGCAUCAGGACUGA